AAUCUGUACAAAAGAGCAAUCAAUAGGUUCAAAAAGUUAUCUGCAUUACUCAGAUAUACUUUCGUCGGCAAGCAGAGAAUAUCUACGGAGCGGCAGUAUUCGCAGCAUAUCUAUGUUAAUAGUGGUUAGGAAUAACCUGAAAUAAUCCGAAAGCAUACAUUCGGACGGAAAACACUUGUCGCAAACAGCCAUGGGAUUUCUGACAGAAAAGAUAAUACUGAUUUGCUGCGUUUUACUAGUCAACUUAGACUACAUGCUUUUCGAGGAUCCAGGUUUUAUUUUUGCAGAUGAAGUUUGUGCUGAUAACGAUGGUUGUAUUAAGCAACUGGCAUGUAUCGAAGGAAUAUGUCUGAAUCCGUGUCCUGGUCCCUGCUACGGAAAUACGAUCUGCGAGGUACUCGAACAUGUACCGUCCUGUAGCUGCAAGCCUGGCUUCUCUGGCAACCCUCACACUGGCUGUGAAGAGAAAGUCCCCGUUAAUCAAUGUAAUAAUAACACUCCUUGUGAUAAUCUACUGGCAUGUAUCGAUGGAAAAUGUCAGGACCCAUGUCCUGGUCCCUGCCAGGGCAAUACAACCUGCGAGGUCCGGGACCAUGUACCGCACUGUGUCUGCAAGCCUGGCUUCUCUGGCAACCCUGUCACUGGCUGUCAAGGACAAGGUGUUGCAGUUGCAGAUGAAGCUUGUGCUGAUAACCAUGGAUGCAUUAAGGAACUGGCAUGUAUCGCUGGAAAAUGUCAGAAUCCGUGUCCUGGUCCCUGCUACGGAAAUACAUUCUGCGUGGUCCUCGAACAUGUACCGUUCUGUAGCUGCAACCCUGGCUUCUCUGGCAACCCUUACACUGGCUGUGAAGAGAAAGUUAAUCAGUGUAAUAAUAACAAUUAUUGUGAUGAUCUACUGGCAUGUAUCGAUGGAAAAUGUCAGGACCCAUGUCCUGGUCCCUGCCACGGAAAUACGAUCUGCGAAGUCCACGACCAUGUACCGUACUGUGUCUGCAAGCCUGGCUUCUCUGGCAACCCUUUCACUGGCUGUCAAGAGCAAGUCCCCGUUAAUCAAUGUAAUAAUAACAAUUAUUGUGAUACUCUACUGGUAUGUAUUGAUGGAAAAUGUCAGGACCCAUGUCCUGGUCCCUGCCACGGAAAUACGAUCUGCGAAGUCCACGACCAUGUACCGUACUGUGCCUGCAAGCCUGGCUUCUCUGGCAACCCUUUCACUGGCUGUCAAGAGCAAGUCCCCGUUAAUCAAUGUAAUAAUAACAGUCCUUGUGAUAAUCUACUGGCAUGUAUCGAUGGAAAAUGUCAGGACCCAUGUCCUGGUCCCUGCCAGGGCAAUACAACCUGCGAGGUCCGGGACCAUGUACCGUACUGUGACUGCAAGCCUGGCUUCUCUGGCAACCCUUUUACUGGCUGUCAAGGACAAGGGUCAGUUGAUCAGUGUAAUAACAACAAUAACUGUGACAAACUGAUGGCAUGUGUCAACGGAAAAUGUAAGGACCCAUGUUCUGGUCUUUGCAGCGACAAUGCUACCUGCGAGGUCCACGAUCAUGUACCGUACUGUACCUGCAUGCCUGGGUUCUCUGGCAACCCCAUCAUUGGCUGUAAAGAUAAAGCACGUUAUUCUCAUAGGUGUUUAAUAACAGGCAGCAGACCUCCGGGCAAAAAGGUCUACAAAGUGGAGAGGUUCAUCAAGGUUAACUUUUAUGCCGCAUUUUCUCACUGCAUAACCCACGGUGGAAGAUUGGCUACUGUCGGAACUAAAGAUGAAAAUGCACUGAUCAAAGAAGAGAUUAGAAAAACAGGGAUACGCAAUUACGAAUUCUGGACAUCCGGGACUAACUUAGGGGGAGACUGGCUCUGGAUGUCUUCUGGAGAAGUACUGCCAGAGUUCAGCGAUUGGAAUAUUCUAGAGCCUAACAACCUGGGAGGAAACGAGCACUGCUUGGAGUUUUAUGAGAAGAAUAACAACGGGUACAUGUGGAAUGACAAAAGCUGCGAUCAGGAGGUUUACCCAAUAUGCGAAUAUUUUGAAUAAAACUACUGUGUUACUAUAUCUUUUUCACACAUUUAAUAAAAACGAAGACUAUAGUUAUAAUUCAGAAAUAAACGUUCCUACAUCAUA